UGCGACAGGCCUCGGCGCGAGCGAGGCCUUUUACUGGAGCAGACCUGUCUCACACGAGACAACGAGAAGACAAAACACAAAAGAUAAACUGGACGACUACACGCGAACUGCUCAGUGUCGUCCAAAAUCACAAAGACACGCGGAAAGAAGAAAGAGCUACCCAGACGGGCACAAUAAGUAACGUGGCUCCUGCAGGUGAACAGGAGCUUGCUAGUUGCUAGCACUGGCUAGUUACCUAGCUAGUGUCAUAGCAAGCUUUUGUAAUUCACCGGCUGCACACAUAUACACACGGGAAACCAAGCUGGUCCAACACACAUCAGCCUCCUACGCAGGCCAAGAAAAAUCCAAAAGGCAGUGAGGGGACCGGCGGAGACAGGCGGCUGGUUCUGAGGGGCGUGACCGGAGGAUCAGACUCGAUGAGUGUCCAUCGACAUGUCAGAGAAGACGACGGGCCAGAGCACCAAGGCGAAGGAUGGCAAGACCAAGUAUGCGACCCUUAGCCUCUUCAACACCUACAAGGGCAAGUCUUUGGAGACACAGAAAACUGCAGUGGCUGCCCGCCAUGGACUCCAGAGUUUGGGUAAAGUUGCGUCCAGCCGGCGCAUGCCCCCUCCGGCCAACCUGCCCAGCCUGAAGGCCGAGAACAAAGGCAACGACCCCAACGUCAACAUCGUACCCAAAGACGGCAGCGGCUGGGCGUCGCGCCAGGACCAACCAGACGAACGGCAACAAGAGACCCCACCACCCCAGCCCAACCCUCCCCUCCCCCGGCCUUCAGAGCCCCCCCUGUUAGGAGGAGGAGGUGUCGGAGGAGGAGGAGGUGGCAUAGGAGGAGGUGUCGGAGGAGGAGGUGGUGUAGUAGGGAGUCGCUCGUGGGCCAAUAGCAAGCCUCCGGGAGGCCCGGUGGAGGGAGGUGCUGCCCCGCGCGUCAGCAGCCAGUUCCAGCAGGAGUUCCCCACCCUGCAGGCGGCCGGCGAGGCGGAGCGGAGCGCCGAGCAGGGAGGAGACGCGGAGCAGCCGUACGGGCCAGGGCCCAGCCUACGACCUCAGAAUGUGGGGAGCUGGCGAGAGGGUGGGGGCCGCAAUCUGAACACGGGCCCCUCGGAGAUGGACGCCAAGCCCCCCGAGGAGAACGCCAACGCCCCCGCCUCGUCCCCCGCCCCCGGCCGCACCACCCCCUCCCCCACUGCAGACUCGGACGACGCUAAUAAGGCCGCCCUCCCGGGGCCGGGGGAGGGCAGAGCCAAGUGGGACAGGGGGCCCCCCCCAGCCCCGGGACCCGGACAGGCACAGGGUCCCGCCCUUCAACAUAAACUCAACGGAGGGCAGCAGCCCUCGCCCGGCGUGCCCCCGCAGUUCCACGCACAGCUUCGCGGCAUGAUGCCCCCCUAUAUGUUCCAUGCCUACCCUCAGAUGCCGUUUGCACCUGCACAAGCCAACUUCAGAUACCCCGUACCGCAGGAUGGGGCCAAGGGUCCGCGUGGGCCUGCGCGCCCUCCCCAGGCGUGGCAGCUGGACCCCGAUCGGCCCUCCAUCGUGAGCGCCACGGACCUCAAGGAACUGGACAACCUCGACACGGAGGCGGACGAGGGAUGGGCAGGAGCCCAGAUGGAGGUGGAUUACUCGGAGAAACUCAACUUCAGCGACGACGAAGAAAACCAAGCGAACAAGGAAAAAGGAGAAAACUGGGAGUGGAUGGGGAGGGUGGAGCGUAUGCGUCCGCGUCCGCUGGACGGCCAGGAGGGCUGGAAGGAGGGCGGUGAGGAGCGCAGUGGCAGCAAAGGAUCAUGGGCUGACUGCGGAGACGGCAGAGCGCCCUCACCUGGAAGCAUGGCGCAGUACAGCAAGGCACGCGAAUACCAGAUUGCGGGCCCCCGUGGUCCCCCGGGCAGCUCUGGUGCUAGCGGCGUCCUUGCUCCCGGUUCUGGUCCCGCCCCUGGUGCUGCUCGCCCCGCGAAGGCCCCCCCUGCUGGGGAGGAGGACUCGGAGGCGUGGCGUCAGAAGCGCAAGAAGCAGGAUCUGUCGGAGGCGGUGGAGCGCGCGCGGAGGAGGCGCGAGGAGGAGGAGCGGCGCAUGGAGGAGGCCCGUCUGGCCGCCUGCGCCGAGAAACUCAAACGCCUCAACGAGAAGCUCAAACCCAGCAGCGGCACAGGACACGCCCCCGACGCCACCGCCACGCCAACAGGCACCGCCCCUAGUAGUAGUGUAAGCCCCUCCCCCGGACCAGUCCCUGUCCCCGUUCCCUCCCACUCGGAACCCAAGCGUGGCAUGGCGUCGUCCCCCGUGCCUCCUAACUCCUCGACGACGACCGCCGGUGACGCCCCUCCUCACGAGGAGUUGAGCAUGACCGCACCCCCCCGAACUGACAGCAGCACCCCUCAGCCCCAGCUCCAGCCCUCCCCCCUGCUCCCCGCCCCCCAGCAGCAGCAGCAGGCGCAGGGCCCUCCGCCUCAGGGCCCCCCCGCGGCCCCCUCGCCUCACGAGCGCCCCGAGGCCUCCGUGCCGGACGAGGACGCCAACAUGACGGCAGCAGCAGCAGCGGCGGCGGUGCAUUUUAGCGCCAUGACGACCCCACGGCAGCCGACCCCGCCCACACACAGGAGGAGCCCCGCGGAGCUCACGCAGACGCAACAGGUGGACAUGGGCAGCGGUGUUGGCAUGGUAACAGGAGGAGGCCUUGGAGACGAAGCCCACCUGCAGCCCGACAGACAACCACCUCCCCCCAUGAGGGAAUACUUCACCCCAGAGGAGUGCAGAGUAGAGGAGCCCGGUCUCCCGUUGCCCCGCCUGGACCCCUGCGCUGGAGAGGAGAUGCCCCUGCAGCAAGGGGAGGGGGGGGAGGGGGAGGGAGGCGCCGCCGUCAGACCACCGCUCAACUCCGGAUACUCCAAACAGUUCCAGAAGUCUCUACCGCCACGCUUCCUCAGGCAACAGGAGCAGCUGAAACAGCAGCAGUGGCAGCAGCAGCAGCAGCAGCAGCAGCAACAGCAGGGAGGAGGUGGAGGAGGAGCAGGAGGAGGUGCCGGAGGCCCCGUGUCCCCCUCCUCCUCCUCCUCAGCUGGGGGGGUUCCCCCUCCUCAACACCGCUCCCUCUACCAGCCACUGGGCCCCCACCCCCAGCAUCCUCAGCAUCAGCACCCCCAGCAGCAUCCUCAACACAUGCCCCCCCCCUCCAUGGGCUUCGACCCCCGCUGGCUUAUGAUGCAAUCGUACAUGGACCCCCGCAUGAUGUCCGGACCCGGACGCCCCAUGGACAUGCCCCCCAUGCACCCAGCCGGCCGCAUGCCCCCUAAGCAGCUGGUGCGGCGUGACGCGGCCGACAGCAGCCCGUCGGGAUCCGACUCCUUCGAGCACCUGACGCGGCCCAUGAGGGACCACGGCCUCCCUGGCGAGCCGCCGCGCAUGGUGUGGGGACCCUCCGACGCCGCCGCCUACCCCCAGAGCGAACCCAUGCCCUCCGCCACGCCCCCCAAGGGCAGAGAGGACGGCAAGGAGCCCAGGCUGGAUUCGGGUUUGGAGUUGGACCGGGGCCUGGUGUCCUCCUCGUCCUCCUCCUCCGUCUACUUACAUGACUCUCACAGCCCCCUGCUGGACGGCCGCGGUAAGACGGACUUCUUCAGGACGGACCCCUCCGAGCCGCUCUCCUCCUCCUCCUCCUCCUCCUUCGGCCACGGCAGGCCCGAGGAGGUGCCAGGCCUCCUGCAGGCUGACAGGAGCGGCGUGGGAGGAGGUGGAGACCCUAGAGGAGGAGGAGCAGGAGCAGGAGGUGCCGUGAUCUCCUCGCUGGAGUCUGAGGAGGCCAGCGUGCCGUGCGGCGAAGAGGCGGAGUCGCUGCUGGGGAAGGGGGCGGUGCUUAAGCGCAGCUUCUCCCAGGGCUCCGCCCACUCCCUCAAGCUGGACGAGACACAACAACAGCUGCAGCCGCCGCCGCGCUUCGAGCCCACCGCCCCCGUCACCAUAGCAACCAAGCCCCUGGACCUGGCGGUGGAGGGCAGCGGCGGUGACGAGAAAUCCCGCCGGGAGCCUUUCGGAGGUCCGGGUCGAUCCACGCCACCCGUCGCCCUCGCCGGCGGUCAACAGAGCAACGACGGAAUGAUGAUGCACAACAACAAACAGGACAAAGUGCUGCUGCCCCCGCCGUCAUCAUCGGCGCCGAAACAGAAGGUCACGGACACGGGGGGCGGCCGCUGGGGGUCCAGAACCUCGGGGCCGAGCGGCGGCAGGAGAGACGGGCCGGGAGGGGGAGGGGGAGGGGGAGGGGAGAGGCCUCUGCGGCGCUCGGGCCCCAUCAAGAAGCCGGUACUGCGAGACAUGAAGGAGGAGCGGGAGCAGCGGAGGGAGCGCGAGGAGCGGCACGAGAGAGGGGAGCGCGGAGGAGCAGGAGGAGGAGGAGGAGGAGGAUCCAGGAAAGAUGGCGGAGGAGGAGGCGGUGGAGGAGGCGGUGGCGGUAACAAGCCCCCGUCGUCUGCAGCUGCGGCGGUGCUGGAAGGCCAGAAGUCGUCAGCGGAGGGCAGACAGCAACAUCAGCAUCAGCAUCAGCAUCAGCAGCGCGACGCCGCAGACCAACACGACGAGGGAGCAGCAGCACCUACUACUGCAGCCGCUGCAGCCAAAACCAGAGACAGAGACAGAGACAGAGACGCGCAGCAGCCCGGCGGCACCACCAACGCAGCCGCAAGCAUCCCGGACAACAACAACAUGGCCGACAGCAAGCCGGCCGGCACAGACAGGCAUCCCGAACCCAGACUGCCCACACGCAAGGAGUCCAACCUGCCGCCACGCGCUCUGAGGCGCGAGGAACGGGAACGCGAGAGAGAUCGGGAGCGCGACAGGGACCGAGAUCGAGACAGAGACCGAGACAGGGACAGAGACAGGGAGCUAGAUCGUGACCGUGACCGUGAGUGGCCUAUGGACCCCAGCAUGCGCGGCCGCGGCCGGGGAGCGGGGGGCGGGGAGUACUACUCUCGCGGCCGCAGCUUCAGGGGGGCGUACGGGGGGCGCGGACGCAGCAGCCGGGGCGGGAGGAGCAAAGGGGACUACCCGCCGUACCGAGAGCCGCGCUCGCGCUCAGACCUCCCGCUCAGCGCCGCGGCCAACCUUCGAGCCAGCCGGGAGGAGAGCGAGACGCGCAGCGAGAGCUCCGACUUCGAGGUGCUGCCCAAACGCCGGCGCCGCCGGGGCUCGGACACCGACUCGGAGAGCGAGGGCGGCCACGAGUCGGCCAGCGACACGGGCGCCUCGGACCGCGAGCCCAACGCCAAGCCCAGCCGCCCGCUGCGCAGGGACCUCCCAGGAGACGUGCGCUCGGGCCCCAAAGGUUCCACUGCCGGUGCCGGUCCGUUCGGAGGCCCUCCGGCGCACCUCCAGGACAAAGGAGGCGUCGGGAGCCGAGACGAGGAGGGCAGGCCCAAGCCGGGCUUCCUGCCCAAGGGCGAGCCGACGCGACGCGGACGCGGAGGCCUGUACAGCCGGAGAGGGGGCACGGGACGCGAGCGGGGAGCGCCCAGGUCGGCUCCUCUGCGCAGGCCCGGCGUCCGAGACUCAGGCUCCUCACAGUGGCCCUCCAAGCCCAUGGAGACAUUCCGACCCGAAGACGCCGACGGCUCGCGCGGCGGAGCAGACCGAGACCGAGACCGAGAUAGAGACCGAGACAGAGACAACGGCCCGCAGUCGGAGCGGCGACUCCCAAAGUACGAGGGGAAGAAGUUUGGCGAGCCCCGCGAGGGAGGAGUUCCGAACAGCCGGGAGAGGCCCAGGAGGCCGCGGCCAGCCCGGCCCCCCCGCCAGGACAAGCCCCCCCGCUUCCGGCGGCUGAAGGAGCGCGAGGCGGCCGUCAUGGCUGGGGAGGCCACUACCGGUACAUCUCUGGGUCCCUCUGGAGCUCACGCCGGCCCUGUGGCCACCACGUCCCCAACGCUCUCCAAAGCACCCGGCACGCCAGUCAACCUCCCGCCAGAAGGGGGCUCCACUGCCUCCUCUGCUGCUGCUGCUGUCGCCGCUGGCCUGCCGCCCUCGCUGCCCUCCCAGAGCUCCGCAACGCCCGCUACCUCCUCCACCGCCACGGCCACGCCCCCCGACAUGUCGGCCGCCUCCGACACGCUCGGCCCCUCAGAGAUGUCGUCCUCUCACAGCGGCACGCUGGCUGGCACCGGCGGCGUCGGCGUAGUCGUCGUGGCCGUGGCCGGCACCAAGUCUCCGGACCUGUCCAAUCAGAACUCUUCGGACCAGGCCAACGAGGAGUGGGAGACGGCGUCGGAGAGCAGCGACUUUAACGAGCGUCGCGAGCGUGAAGAGCGCCGAGGAGCCAUGGAGGCGGCGGCCGCGGCAGCAGCCAUCGCAGCAGCUGCCACCACGGCAACCAGCGCUAGCAGCAACAACAGCAACGUCCCCGUCGCCGGUGGCAACCUGCCCGGCAACACGAACUCUGCGUCCUCUGGCCAGGGUUCCGCCUCGGGACCCCACAGCCGGAGCCCCACUGAGCGCUACCAUGAGGGGGGAGGAGUCACGCCGAAGCGAGAGGCGGGCCCCAACGCCAAGCGGAGCUUCUCCAGCCAGAGGCCCGUGGACCGCCAGAACCGGCGCGGGAACAGCGGCGCCAAGACGGGCCGGGGCUACGGGGGAGGAGCCAAGGGGGAGCGCAGAGGAGGCGCAGGGGCCAAGGCCGGACGCAAAGGUGCUGCGUCUCAGAACCCUGAGGGAGUUCCGGGCGGCGCGGGACAGAAGGCCGGGAAGGAGGCGACGUCACGCCGCAAAGAGGAAGCCAAACACGCCGCCAAGAAACCCAAAGAGAAGGAGAACGCCCUGUCGCAGUUCGACCUCAACAACUACGCCAGUGUGGUGAUAAUUGAUGACCACCCUGAGGUGACCGUUCUAGAGGACCCCCAGUGCAGUGCCAAUGACGACGGCUUCACGGAGGUCGUCUCACGCAAGCAGCAGAAGCGACUCCAGGACGAGGAGCGGAGGAAGAAGGAGGAGCAGACAGUACAGCACUUCGGUAAGAAGGGUUCUGGUGAGAAGGGGCGAGGAGGAGGAGGCUCGAAGCUCCCCCCGCGCUUCGCCAAGAAGCAGCAGCAGCAGACACCCUCUCAGCAGCCUCAACAACAACAACAACAACAACAACAGGCAGCCCAGCAGCAGCAGCAGCAGCAGCAGCAGGUGGUCCAACAGGCCCAACAGGCCCAGCAGCAGCCAGCUGCCCCUACACCCCAGCCACCACCUCCACAGCAGGCUCAGCCCCAACCCCAGCCCCAGGCUUCGCCCCAGCCCCAGCCCCAGGCCCCGGCUCCACAGCCUGCCCCGGCUCCUCAGGUUCCACAGCCCCAGCCGGCCCUCGCGGUGUCCCAGCGUGGCCUGCCGCCCCCUGCCCAGCCCUCCAGCUCCCCACAGCCCCUCGAGGGCACGCUGCCCCUGCCCCCAGCCGCUGCUGCUGCUACGGCCCCGGUGGACUUUGUGCCGGCCGCCAAGACGCAGUCGCACGGCACCCUGGGAACCGAGCUGUGGGAGAACAAGGCACCGGGCGCCGCCGUGCUCACAGACGUCAAGAAACUUGGCCCCAUCAGCCCUCCGCAGCCGCCCUCAGUCAGCGCCUGGAACAAACCGCUCACCACCUUCACCGGGACCGUCUCGCCCGAGGGGGUGAAGUCGGGUGCGGACGCGGGUGUUGAGCUGGGCAUCGAGACCAUCCAGUUUGGCGCCCCGUCCUCCGCGGGCAGCGGUGACAGCGACGUGGUACCGGUGCUGCUGGAGAAGAACUCGGACAACAAGCUACCAGAACCCAAAGAACAGCGGCAGAAACAACCCCGUGCAGGACCCAUCAAACCGCAGAAGCUUCAGGACCUCUCUCCCCCGGAGCCUAAGGAGUAUAAGCCGGGUCCGAUCGGGAAGGAGCGCUCACUAAAGAACCGCAAGGCCAAAGAUGGCCGCCAGUCUGACGGCGAGGGGCUGGAUAAGGGCGUGGGGGUUGCCCCCGGCGACCGAGACUCCAGCUCGCCCAAUAAAGACGCCAAGGUGCCCGAGCUGGGCGGAGAGAUCGAGGGCAUGAUCACCGUACCCUCCGCAGACUACACCAGCAGCUCCAAGGAGUCUGUGACUGACUACACCACCCCAUCCUCCUCUCUGGCUGACGUGCCCACGACUGGCAGCAAGAUGGAGGAGAGCAUAGUGGCCAACGUGGCGCUGCCCCACUCGCUGCCUCUGCCCCGUAGAGAAGCUCUCCAGCAGAGCUCCAGCCUCACUACUGUCUCACCCGCUACUGUGGACCUCACACUGAAGAUGGAGUCUGCUCGUAAGGCGUGGGAGAACUCCCCCAGCCUGGUGGACAAGAGCUCCCCGGUCACCUCCUCUGCGUCUCCCAUCACCAGCGGGGGCGGGGGGGGCAGUGCCGCCUCCUUCAGCUCCUUCUCCAGCGCCUCCAUGCCCCCCCAGAUCCCCGUGGCCUCCGUCACGCCCAGCACCUCCCUCUCAGGCUCUGGUACCUACACCACCUCCUCCUUGAGUACUAAGACCUCCUCUGCGUCGGACCCUCCUAACAUCUGCAAGGUGAAGCCCCAGCAGCUGCAGGCCUCCAGCUCCUCCUUCUCCCAGCUCGGCUGCGUGCCCUCCAUGUUGCCACAGCAACAGCAGCAGCAGCAGCAGACGCCACAGGUCUUCGUCUCACAGUCUGCAGCAGGUUCUGCAGCUCAGAUCCCGGCGUUCUACAUGGAUACGAGUCAUCUCUUCAGCUCUCCACACCCCCGCCUGGCCCCGCCCUCUCUCGCACAGCAGCAAGGCUUCCAGCCCGGCCUCUCACAGCCCACCGCUGUUCAGCAGAUCCCGAUCCCCAUCUACGCUCCCCUGCAGGGCCAACCUCAGCAUCAGCACCAGCCCCAGUUGGGGCUCAGCACCGGGGCCCCCGUCUCACAGCCCCAGGACCUCUUCAGCUCCUCACUGCAGCCCUACAGGUCUCAGCAGGCGUUUAUGCAGAGCAGCCUGUCCCAGCCCUCUCCCAUGCUGCUGGGGGGCACUGCUCUCCACAGCUACCCAGGCGUGCAGCCUCCCGACCUGGGCAAGCCCCAGUCCAGCCUGGCCUUCCAGCAGACCUCCAGCGCCCAGCACCAACAUCAGCACCAACACCAGCACCAACACCAACACAUCCCCAUCCUGUUCGAACCCCAGCUCAACCAGCCCUCGGGGAUGGGGGGCUCACAGCUCAUAGACACACACCUGCUGCAGGCUCGCCAGGGCAUGAGUCAGCACUCUAAUCUGUAUUCGGGACAAGUGCAGCAGCACACACACACUCAGAGCAGCUACUACAGCAACACACAGAGCCCCAGCUCCGGCCUCCAGCAGGUGACGGUUCCCCUGCCUGGUUCUCAGCUGUCUCUGCCUAAUUUCGGUUCCGGUGGUGGUCAGCCUCUCCUGGCGCUUCCCCAGUCUCUGCCCCCUACGCCCCCCCAGGGCCAGCCGGGGCCCCCAAGCCUCAGCCGCCAGCCGCCCAGUAACCAGCCGUACCGAGGCCUCAUCGGGCAGAACACACACACACACUCGCACACACACUCGCACACACACAGCAUGAUGCCACCCUCCAACAAGAUGUGUGAGAUGGACAUGAAGUUGUUCGGUGGAGGCAUGGACGUCAAGCCCGGCACCCCCCCAGUCAGCGCCCAGAACACCACGCCCACCUCCAGCCCCUACAGGUUGGGUUUCCCGCUGGCUGCCGUGGAGUAUAAGCCCUCCUACGCGGCGCCUGAUAGGGCGAGCUCCACCAGCCCCUCCACCCAAUCAGGGAAGGGCAGCGGUCUCCAGGGCAACAGCCUGCUGUACCAGAAGCAGCAGUACCAGCCCUCACUCACUCACACUCACACACACACUCACACACACCCCAACGCACCGCACGGCGCACCGCACGCACCGCACGCGCCGCACGCAGGCAUGCGCAUCACACAGCCCCCCUUCACACACCCGGCACAGUUCAACCCACAGAUGUUGUCUCAGCCCAACAUGGUGUCUCCGCUGGUGCGUCCUCCUCCCCACUCCAACUCCUUUGGGGGCGGGGUGCAGCGGAACCCCAUGGCCCCGCCCAUCUCGCCCUCCAUGAACACGGGGCUGAUGCCCCACCCCCCGCGGCCCCAGCACCACCCGCCCAGAGGCCCCCCGGGGCCCCCCAUGCCCCCCCGAGGGUCCCAGGCAGCCAUGAAGGCAGCGGAGGACCUCAAGGCUAAGCAGAGGGCGGAGGUUCUGCAGUCGACCCAUAAGUUCUUCUCCGAUCAGCAACAGCAACAGCAGCAGCUGAAAGCUGCCGUAGGCAAGCCGGCUGUGGGCCGCAUGGAGCCCGGAGGAGGAGGCGUGGGGAGCGGAGGAGUUGGAGGAGGAGGAGGAGUUGGAGGAGGUGGCAUUAGUGGAGGAGUUGGAGUUGGAGGAGGCGUUAAGCCCUUAGUGGACAACGUCAAUGUGGCUCCCAACCACCAGGGCGGCGCUCCAGACGCAGACAAAACCCAAACGGCAGCGGCGGCCCUGAGCAGCGGCAACAAGCCCAUACGCACCGGGCCCAUAAAACCCCAGGCCAUCAAGCCAGAGGAGAGCAAGUAGAGGAGGAGAGGAGAGGAGGAGGAGAGGAGGAGAGGGGAGAGAGGAGGAGAGGAGAGGAGAGGAGAAGACUAAAGAAGAGAAGAGAGCCCCCUUGAGAAACGCCCAGCUCACCUCUGACCUCUUGACCUCUUGACCUCUGUCUCUCUGCGAAGAGAAGAGAAGAGAAGAGAAGGCCCUCCCUGGAGCCAUGGACUGGGAAUGAUGGCAUGACAUGAUCGAUUUGACGGAUGGAUAAAAUUGGAUGGACAGAUUAGAUUGAAUAAUAUGUGGCUUUACAGGAGGACAAAAUGUACAUGUAGACACACGACACACACACACACACACACACACACACACACACACACACACACACACACACACACACAGGCACACACACACACAGGCACACACACACACACACACACACACACACACACACACACACACACACACAGGCACCCCCCUUAUCACACCUGACGACACACACGGGCACCCCCCCCUCCCCUGACCUCAGCCCCCUUAGGGAGAUGGGGGAGUGGGGGAGGAGGUUGGGGGGGCGGGUCCUUAAUGUUUAUCUUUUUUGUUUGUUUUUUUAUUUUGUGUUCAACAAGAGAACUUUCUUUAAUCUUUUUUAAGGGGUACUUAGUGCACCACCCAUAAGCCUGAACACAGCCUUUCUCUUUCCUCUCUCUCUCUCUCUCUCUCUCUCUCUCUCUCUCCCCCUCUCUCUCCUCUCUCUCUCUCUCUCUCUCUCUCUCUCUCUCUCUCUCUCUCUCUCUCUCUCUCUCUCUCUCUCUCUCUCUCUCUCUCUCUCUCUCUUUCCUCUCUCUCCUCCCCCCCCUCCACAGUAGAGACCUGCCUCUGCUCUCCAGCUCCUGAAUCUAGUUCAGCUUGUCACCUGUGUGUGUGUGUGUGUGUGUGUGUGUGUGUGUGUGUGUGGCGUUUUUAGAGCAGAGAUUGAAAAUAAAGGCAAUUUGCUGCUAUUGAGGAGUUUUCAUAUCACAACGUAUUUCCCUUUAUGCUCUUCCCCCCAUAUAGCCGAGCUACUGUGCUGUGUACAAUAUGUGACCUUGCCUCCUCCACUUGUGCUUGUCUCCUCGUCCCACCUCCUGGCCCCUCCUCCGUGGAGAAAACGAUAAAGUUUCCCAGCUGUCAGCCUAGCCACAACAACUUUUGAGGGACUGUUUUUCAUUCACCAUCCCAAUUGCAAAUGAGGAAAAGACUUUACAAUUGAGCUUUUGCAAGAUAUUGAAAUGUAAUGCUGUUGUCAGUGAUGUCAUCAUGACAUUUUGCUUCCUGGUACGAGGAGACAAGCACAAGUGGAGGAGGCAAGGCUGCAUAUUGUAAUGCACUAUCUGUCUUUAUAGUGGAACUACUCAUCCUACUCUUCCUCUGCCUUCUCCUUUUCCUCCUUCUCUUCCUCUUCCUCCUCCUUCUCUUCCUCAUCCUCCUCAUCUCCUCCUCUUCCUCUUCUCCUCCUCUUCCUCUUCUCCUCCUCAUCCUCCUCUCCCUCUGCCUUCUCCUCCUUUUCCUCCUUCUCUUCCUCCUCCUCUUCUCCUCCUCCUCCUCUUCUCCUCCUCCUCCUCUUCUCCUCCUCUUCCUCUUCUCCUCCUCUUCCUCUUCUCCUCCUCCUCUUCUCCUCCUCUUCCUCUUCUCCUCCUCCUCCUCUUCUCCUCCUCAUCCUCCUCUCCUGGUAUUGAGCUCUGCUGUAGAAUGCACAUGAGGAGGCCUCUCACUACCUGCGUGUUGGUGUAACACACACACACACACACACACACACACACACACACACACACACACGAGUGGUGUGUGCUGACCACAUUUAUGCUGCUCAGUCUGUGUAACACACUCACACAGGAGUUCAGUAAAAGAGGAGGAGAGGAGGAGGUUGUUCUCCUGCUUUGGGAAAUAUGGAGUUGAAGUGAUUUGCUGUAGUGGGCUGAUGAACUGCAGUCUCCACUGGGAAAACUCUUCUCUCUCUCUCUCUCUCUCUCUCUCUCUCUCUCUCUCUCUCUCUCUCUCUCUCUCUCUCUCUCUCUCUCUCUCUCUCUCUCCCCCUUCUCUCCCUCUCUCUCUCUCUCUCUCUCUCUCUCUCUCUCUCUCUCUCUCUCUCUCUCACACACACCCCCUUUAGAAAAAACUCUUAUCAGCCUGUGAUUUAUUUGUUUCUUUUGGCUUUCUUGUUUCUUUUUUCUUUCUUGUUAUUUUGUUAACGGUUACUAGGGUACCUGGUUACUAGGGUAUCCAGCCCCAGAAUCUAUUGGCCCUCGUGCCAUUGAGGAGAUGAGUGACAUCAGUGAUUCAUCACACGCGCGCGCACACACACACACACACUCUCACACACACACUGACUGACACCCCGAGCUGCUCUCGCAUCACAUGACAUCACUUCCCCCCCCCCGCCCCCGAGUGUUCUCUCCGCCGAGCUGCCGCCUCCCCUGGCUCCGCCCACCAAGACGCUCCACCAAACAUGCUGCUCACCACGCUGUCAAGGCGACGGGAUCUUUUAGGCCUCCAAACAAACCAAUCAGAAGCCUCCAGGGGCGGGCUUUAUUUACUAAGGGGCGAAUGAGCGGACAAGGAUUUGAUUUGUCCUUUUCCUUUUUUUGUUUUUGUUUUUUGAGUAGUUUAAGAAAAAAGAUGAACAUCAGCUUGUGGGGUAUUGCAUUGCAUCAAGAAAAUGUCAAAGUGACCGAAAAAGAAAAAUAAUCCUGCAAUAGGCAAGAUAGAAUGGUGGAAACGUGUAUGGAGCAAAAACAAAUACAAAAGACUUUUUUUUUUCUGUUGUGAUGCGACUUGACUUCUGGUCUGACCUCCCCAUGCCCCUCCCCCCUCCACCUCACUGGUCCUGUUGCUAAUGGCAACUGAAGAGAUGGUAGUGAUGAUGAGGAGGUUGGUGUCUAAUGCAGCCACCUGAUUGGCUGCACACCCACAGCAGGUGUCCUAAUGCAGCCACCUCAUUGGCUGGAACCCCACAGUAGGGGUGGGGCUGAGAAUACGGUGCAGGAGGGGGAGAGGUUGGAUGGAGGGGUAAUGAUUGGUUUGAUUUUUUUUUUCCUUGUUUUACUUGUACAGGGGUUAAAUCGCUGUAUUAAAAUAUGUAAGUCUUAUUUCCAUUCUCUUGUUUUGGUUACAGAAACUAAUAAAAUAAUAUGCUGUUAAAAAG